AUGCGGAAGAUGUUCGAGAAGGUGGAGUGGAAGGCAUUCUUAGAAGCUUCUAGAAGCAUGGGGUAUGCGCAGCUCCCGGAGGAGGUGGAUUCCGGCAUGCUUGAGUCGGACGAGUUCCUGAGUAGGUUCCACCAUGCACUCCUCGAGCUCCACCUUGAAGAAGGCGCCCUCGUCUGUCCCGAGACCGGCCGCCGAUUCCCCGUCAACAAGGGUAUCCCUAACAUGCUCCUCCAUGAGGACGAGGUCUGAUUACCAGCCCGCCUUUUCUUUGAUUAUUAGACUUGUGUUAUCUUUUGUACCCUCUCAAUCUCAUUAGGUUUGGCUGUAAUUCACCACUAAAAGUGUUUCUUUAAUUUUCAUAUAUAUAUUUGGAUA